UGAGGAGAGGAAGGCGCUGAGGACAGACACACACACACACACACACAGAGCGACACUGCCCGCCUGUCGGGGGGCCCCGCCGCCCCCGCCGCUUGCCCAGGGCUCAGUGUGAGGGCGGCGAGGAGAGAUGUAACGUUGGUAUAUAUAACACAGAGAGACAGAGACAGAGAGAGAAAGAGGAGUUAUCGCCGCCACCAUGAAGUUAGCUGAGAUGUCCGCCGUGGGAUGUCGGUGAACACAACAUGACAGAGGAAAGCCACCCAGACGAUGACAGCUACAUUGUACGUGUUAAAGCUGUGGUUAUGACCCGAGAUGACUCGGGAUGGUUACCACAAGAAGGGGGCGGUCUCAGUCGAGUUGGCGUCUGCAAGGUCGUUCAGCCAGAGGGCAACGGCAGAAGUGAUUUUCUGAUCCACGGUGAACGGCUUAGAGACAAGCUGGUGGUAUUGGAAUGCUUCUUGAAGAAAGACUUGGUCUAUACUAAAGCAACACCUACAUUUCAUCAUUGGAUGGUUGACAGCAGGAAGUUUGGACUGACAUUUCAGAGCCCUGCCGAUGCUCGAGCCUUUGACCGAGGAGUGAGGAAAGCAAUUGAGGAUCUUACAGAAGGGUCAACCACAUCAUCUUCAACAAUUCAGAAUGAAGCUGAGGUCGGUGAUGAUGACGUGUUUAUACCUGCAACAGACAGUUCUUCCAACUCAUCAAGCAAGAAAGAGCAGCCAGUCAGGGUACUGACUCCUACCAUCAGCGAGCCACUCCGGCCUCCGUGUGCUCUGGGGCACACACACGAUCAUUACAGCCCAGACCACUACCUUCUGGAGCAGUCUGUUCCGAAACAGCGUCACGUCAGUUUCCGAGACGAUGACGAAGAGAUCGUCCGCAUCAAUCCCCGGGAGAAGGCGUGGUUACGGGAGAGAUACGAGGACUAUCGGUACGCGGCGGUGCGUCCCAAAUACAACGAGCGCGGCGACCUGGACUCCUACGUGCAUUUCAACAAGAGCGAUGCCACCAAACAUGAUUACAAUUACCCCUACGCGGAGAACUCGAACUUCGGACUGGGCAAAGACGCCAAGAGCGGCGUGGUGAGGACUCAGCCCGUCACCUCGCGAGCGAGGCGGCGGAAGGAUGACGGAGAGCGAUCGCGGUGCGUGUACUGCAGGGACAUGUUCAACCACGAGGAAAACGGACGGGGCCAGUGCCAGGAUGCCCCAGACCCCAUCCGGAGCUGCAUCCGACGAGUCAGCUGCAUGUGGUGCGCGGACAGCAUGCUGUACCACUGCAUGUCUGACCCUGAAGGGGAAUACUCGGACCCUUGUUCCUGUGACACCAGCGACGAGAAGUUCUGUCUUCGGUGGCUGGCAUUGAUUGCCUUAUCGACCAUCGCUCCUUGUAUGUGUUGUUAUCUGCCCCUUCGGGCGUGCUACAAGUGCGGGGUAAUGUGCAAGUGUUGCGGUGGCAAACACAAAGCAGUGGGUUGAUCUUUUCUUUUUUAUUUGUUUCAAAGCAUCAGUUAUUGAAGCACAUUUAAGUCUGGAGUCUUUUUGACACACAGUUAAUCAUCGCCAACCUCGAUCUUUGGGGAAAAAUUACUCAUUUAUGGAAACUUGGAGCCCAAAAGGCCGGCCAAGAGGCGUCAAGACAGACCACGUCGUUUUCUUCAAACAUUAAACACGGAACUAACAUUCAGUAACAAGUAGUGACUUUUCUACGAAUAUGUAACGAAACGGAGAAUGUCUGACACGUUUUAUAAUUUUUAUUUUUUAAAAAGGAAACAAAAA